AUGACUAUGAAGGACAACAUUCCCGCUGAGACUCACACCAAGAUGCUACAUGCUUCAAGAGAAAUCAUGGCAGAAGUCUUGAAUGCAUGCAAGACUUUGGAGAUUAACUUUUCGCAGCUGCAUGACCACGAACUCAAUGACCUCGUCGAGCUCCUGGGAGACCAAGAAAACUACAAAGAGCUGGAUAUCAUUCUCGAGUCUCUGUGGAAGUCGCGUUCGGGCCAGAAGAAUUGGAGCGAGGAUACAUUGAUCAACCUUGGAGAGCGUCUCGUGGUAUCGCGCCAUUUAGCCUCUGACAAGGGUCACUCUCACCGUGCCAUUCACCUCGCCGAAGACAUCACGUACAACUUGCGUCGCGUGCUCGGUGGUCUUCACCCUCACACUAUGAAGAUGUCUAAUUUGCUGUCUCAACUCUACACCGGCGCAAAACUGUACGGGGAUGCCCUCAACGUGCACGAGGAGAUCUUGCAACUUAUCGUUUCGGGUGAUGAUGGUGAUGAUCGUACCAUUGACACCGUGAGCGCCAAAACAGCUCGCCAGCAAGUUGACCUUCUGAAGGCCGCUUACCAGCGCAACGGUGGUUGGGUCAAGUCUGCAGACUUCUACAAGAGGCUCGUGACCGAUCUGACAAAGAUGUUCUCGAAGACUGCUGACUUCCAGAACAUUCAACCGGUCAAAGACUGGCAAGCAAAGUCUGACAACACCACUGCCAGUCUGGGCGUAUUUGAGAAGCCUCAGCAAUGGAUGUUUGUUGUCAAGGAUGACAUCUUGUCUCCAAAGGGCGGAAAGCAUAUUCAUGGCAGCACUUCGGAGGAAGGGUUCCAGCGUGCCCCUCAACCUUUGAAGAAGGGUAAGCAGAUUGGGUGGAGUCUGAGGCGUGUUUCUGAUCUUUGGGGUAUGAGACAGCGAAGUGCUGGAAGAUUGGAUGCUGAGAUUACGAUUUGA